UGUUCAUCAUAAAUGGUCUGAGGAUUAAGAAUUGUGCAUAUUCUAGAGCCCUCUAAGGGAGGGAAUUGCAUUGUCACCUCCUACAGGUGCAGCGACAGGGGCCUCCACUGAUGUCAGUCCAUGCUUUAAACUAACCUUGGAAGAAUAUUUAUUUCCCUGACUCCUAAUUACUUUGCUGCCAACAGGCACUAAGUGCUACACAUCAUACAGUGAAGUCCAGAAGGGGUUAAAAGAGAAUGAAGAGAGCAGCUACUGAGAGAGCCAGGUGGAGGAAAGGAAGGAUUUCCAAGAUCAUUUUACAUCCAUAAGGCACAGUACUGGGUUUGUGUGGCGAGGUUUGGGUAGCAGGGGAUGCAGGAGGAUUUCUGUGGGAAGGUGCCAGAAGCUUUCCCCGUGUCCGAUGGAUCCAGUGCCAGCCCAGGGCAGCCUCGGCGCCAGCCAGGGCAGAGCCCCUCACCAAUGAGUUACCAAGGGUAAACGGAUCUGCACAACUGCAGCCAGAGAGAGCAGCAGGCUUAUUUCUUCUUCUGUAAUACAGAACCUCUUCCUAAAACACCUCUGGGUUGAAUCCAUCCUCUCUCUCCGUGGAUAAGCUGAUUUUGAGAUGGUGAUUCACAGCAGGUCCCACCAGCUCCUUGUGCUUCCUCUGCACAGCUCAGUGACUCCUCCAUAGGAGCUGCAGUGCUGAUAUUUAAUGCACAGCUGGAAAUCCGAAAAUUUGUUUUUGUUCAAGGCCUUUCGCAGUUUCACAGAGCUUGAUUAGUAAAGACGGAAAAAGCAGUUCACUGCCGUUCCCUAUUGCACAGGCAGUGGAAAAAAGUACACAAGUAUUUCUGACUCUUUGUUGGGUGGUGCAAGGUAUUCUGUCAUUGUUGCAAAACACCCUUCACUGUAAUGAGCUCAGGUAAUGAUGAUAUUUUUUCAGAUCUAAUCUUUGGCUCUUUUAAUCAAACUUAUUUUUUCAUUGUAUUAUAUAAUUCAAGGAUAUUCUGAGAAAUUACUAUUUAAAUAGUUAUGAAAAUAUGCAAAGUAAGAGAUUUCUCCUCUCAAUUUCCUCUGAGUCCAUUUAAAAACAUUAAAAUAAAAUUAGGAGCUCUUUGAUAGGAAAAGAUUUAAUAUCUUUUUGCUUGCACAAUGUUACUUUGUGGCUGUUACGCAGAGUUUUCUUCAGAAACAAAAGACGGUGAUCCACAUGCUGCAUGUUGAGAGAAAGCUGAAUGCCAGCAGGACCUUCUUCAAUACAGAGUGAAAAAUUCAGAGUCAAGCUUUCUUCUGUAACAGACAAGGGAAUGCAGUCUUAAAAAAAUUUAUUUUGGUGCAUUUCUAUGAAGCUGAUGUGAAUUUGAAAUAAAUCAAUGAAUGAAGAGUCCCUUGGAGGCUACUGAUGUUACGAAUCAUGUCUGCGAUCUCAGGUGGAAGCCAAAGCUGAACCACUGAAUUUCAAAAGAAAAAAAGAUGGACACAAACAAUGAAGCAGAGACUUCAUUAGCUGCCGCUACCAGUGAGAUAUUGCCAGAUUAACAGAAACUGAGAGAUAUUACAUUGUUCAAUAAAAUAUCCAACAAGGAGCCACCCACAUAAAUUAUAGUGCAGGCUUGGUGUGAAUCAACUAAGACAUAUUUGCACUGAAUGGUAAUGCAUUUUACUUACCUCAGACAAAAUUCCUCUUAGCACAUCAUUUUUGGCAUGAGCACUAUGGCUGGCAAAGCCCAUGGGAAGCUGGACUGCCUGGCAGGUGACACCCACCCGGCAGGUAUAAAUAGCCACCAGCAAGGACGGCCCGCUGCACUUUGAUUUCCUGUAUCUCGCUGUGCACAGCUUUGCAUCUGGGGCUGCCUAUCUGAUCCCUUCACCAUGAGCUGCAGCAUCAAGAGAACCUCCAGCACCUCGUACAGGAGCGGAGGAGGAGGUGGAGGCGCCUGCGGUGGCGGCAGCGGCCGCAGCUCCUCCGUGUCCUGCCGGCGCUACGCCUCCUCCGUGAUCGGCGGGGGCAGCUACGGCGGGGCGGCCUGCGGGGGCUACGGGGGCAGCCUGAGCAUGGGCAGCCUCGGCGGUGGCUUUGGCAGCAGCUUUGGCGGUGGCAUUGGCGGGGACCUGCUGCUGGGCAACAAUGAGAAGGUCACCAUGCAGAACCUCAACGACCGCCUGGCCUCUUACCUGGACAAGGUGCGAAGGCUGGAGGAAGAGAACACUCAGCUGGAGCACCACAUCCGCGAGUGGUACAGGAAACAAGCGCCCAGCGCUUCCAAGGACUACAGCUCCUACUACCAGACCAUCGAGCAACUCCAAAACCAGAUUAUUUCUGCUACUGUGGACAACAACAGAAUGCUUCUGGACAUUGAUAACAGCAAGAUGACUGCCGAUGACUUCAGAAUGAAGUAUGAGAAUGAGCUGGUCAUCCGUCAGACCGUGGAGGCUGACAUCAAUGGCCUGAGAAAUCUCAUGGAUGACCUGACUCUGGUUAGAUCUUCACUGGAAUCUGAGCUUGAGUCCCUGAAGGAUGAGCUGAUUGCUCUGAAGAGAAACCAUGAGGAGGAAAUGAGGCAGCUCCAGUCCCAAACUGGUGGCGAUGUGAGCGUGGAGGUCAAUGCUGCCCCUGGAGAAGACUUGACAAAGAUCCUGAAUGACAUGAGAAGUGAAUAUGAGCAGAUCAUUGAGAAGAACCGCAGAGAGGUGGAGCAGUGGUAUGAGGUCAAGAUCCAAGAAGUCAAUCAGCAGGUCACUUCCAGCAGCCAGGACAUCCAGACAAGCAGCCACCAGCUCAGUGAGCUGAAGCGCGAGAUGCAGAACCUGGAGAUCGAACUGCAGGCACAGCUCAGCACGAAAAGCUCUCUGGAAAACUCCCUGGCAGAAACCGAGUCUCGCUACAGCUUCCUGCUGCAACAAAUCCAGGCACAGGUCAACUGCGUUGAGGAGGAGCUGGCCAGCAUCCGCUGUGAGAUGGAGGGUCAGAGCCAGGAGUACAAGAUGCUGCUGGGUAUCAAAACCCGCCUGGAGCAGGAGAUCCAGCAGUACCGGGCACUGCUGCAGGAGGGGCAGCAGGAUCUUGUUGCCUCCCAAGCUUUCCAAGGCAGUGGAAAAUCCUCCCAGUCAUUUUCUGCUUCCUACUCUCAUUCCCAGUGUGGGGAAAUGUCAGGGCAGUCAAGAGUGUGCUAGAGCAGCAGCAGCAGCAGCAGCGGCCCUGGCACCGUCCAGCUGAGAUGCACCAACCAUGGGCAGCAAGAGACACCCUGGAGUUCCUGCAGCACGGCCGAGGCAGCGGGAAGGGUUUGGGAGACAAGCCUGGCCACCUGCCCUGGCACCCCUUCCUCCACCCUGCAAUGCUUGGCUUACUCAACUUGUUUUUGGCAACUCAUUCUUUGUUAAAGGCCUCACACUCUGCUGGUAACUCUGCUCUAAUAAACCUUUAUGUCUGCAAUGCAAAUCACAACAUGUCU